CUACAACAUCAUAGCAUCGUGGGCUCAGGAACCGAGUUUGGCCUGAGCUAUGUCUGCAUACGGAGAGGUCAAGAGGUCACAAGCCAGCGUCGCACCUUUGCCCAGCACCUUCUGGCGAACUUCGCUUGGAGCAGACUCCAAAGGGGCGCCGGAAACAAUAGCUGUGCACCAUCUCACGCUUCAGAUCAUAGAAAAAUACGAUGCCCUAUUGGACUAUCUGCGAGAGGUUUUUGCUGCGGUCGUUGAAGAGGGAAGAACAUAUCCACAGGAGGGAGAUAUCAACGAGAAAUCAUUCCAGUCCUAUUUCUUUGCUGCAGACGUCUUCGUGGGUGUCGCGGUCACUUCCCCAUCAUCACAGGAACAUCAAUGUUCAGACGGAGCUCUGACAAGUCAUGAAAGCCUUGAGCUCGCUUCCAAGGACUGGAGGGGUUCUGUAUCCGGCUUCUACUAUGUUAAACCCAAUUAUCCUGGAAGAUCUUCACAUAUCUGUAACGCAGGCUUUGUCGUCCCUCCGGUUAUGAGAGGUCGGCGAUAUGGCAAAGCACUGGCCAAGUCCUACCUUCACUAUGCCCCGAAAUUAGGGUACAAGGCGAGCGUCUUUAACCUGGUCUACGUGAACAAUGUCGCCUCGGUCAGAAUUUGGGACAGUCUGGGUUUCACCAGAGCGGGGUUAAUUCCGGGUGCAGGCCGAUUGAAACGUCAAGAUGGAGAUGGGGAAGAAUAUGUAGAUGCAUUGGUUUUCUACAAGAGGUUCUCAAACUAGUACACACAUCCACAGGGUAUAAAUUGUCUACUUAAUUAGUAGUCUUGCUUCUUUCAAAGGUCUUGCCAAGACCAAAAGUGGGCGCUGACGGCGUCAAUUCAAACAAA